UCAGGCAGUUGCAUGGGCAGUGUCGGAUAUCCCACACUACAGCGUCUCGCUUACUGUUUUGGUGGUGAUGUCGUGGUCCAAAAGUCUCGCAGUUAUUCCGGAGACUCUUACGGAAGAAAAAGUGGAAGCCUACAGCGCCUCAAAAAGGUUAGCGAAGCACAACGAUGAACGAAGUCACAAGUUUGCUGUGGAAAGCUACGUCCAAACCGCUUCGAUCGAAACGUCUUCGUACACAGAUAGUGACUCAACGCUUAUUCGUGUGCGCGCACUCUGCUACAGGAGCCAAAAAAAGACAGCUCCUGCGUACAAAGUGUCCGCUACUUUCUUCCAUGAUGGGAGCAUUCAAGAUUGCACGUGUGAAUGUGCUGUAAGAGAAAAUGGUGCCUGCCAUCACAUUCUGGGGCUACUUAAGGUGGUUUUGCUGCUCAAGGAGAAUGGCUAUAACGAAGCGCCACCUGAGCUUUCUUGCACUGAAUUGCCACAGCAGUGGAGACGUCCACGAGGAGAAAAAAUAACGGCGUGUGGUGUAGAUGAACUUGACUGGAGGGCUCCGAGACCUGGUGGACUUGAGCGUCCCACUCCUUCAAGGCUCUAUGAAGCACGCAAGAGACCAAGACUUGCACAUGAAGUACAGCUGGCUGCUCUCAAAUAUGGAGAGGCAUUAGAAACUCAUGCACCGUCUCCAUUUGCAAGACACCUCAGGAACAUGAAGGCAGUGCCCGCAACGUCUACUUUUGGGGAAACUUGUGUGGGAAGUUUGCUGUGGUGCCAAAAGACUGUACUGCCUCACCACUUCACAACGUAUAUAAGCCCGGACAUUCAGUUGGGUGUGACAGCACAUCCUCAUCACCCAACACCACCUGAACCCGACUUAUUUACGUCAACAACAGUGUUUGCUUCAUCAUCUGUGAGCCUGCCAAAUAAAGAAAGAGCCAUAUUUGAGCCGGCGCAGAGCAAAAGUACUGAGUGGAAGAAGGCCCGAAAGUAUCGCCUGACUGCCUCCAACUUUGGGACUGUUGUUGCCCGUGAGAAAUGGACACCGAAAGGACUGCAGAACUUGACAAGUGACAAGGACCUGUCACGGGUGAGGGCUGUACAGUAUGGCAUCUCCAAUGAGCGACAGGCAGUACGGCGAUACGAGGCGGCACUUCGCACUGCUUUGCACGACGUCCAGACCUUUCACUGUGGACUGGUUGUAAGUCCAACAAGCCCAUGGCUCGGCGCUUCACCAGACCGGAUUGUGUGGGACCCACAAGAGAACUCCCAUGGCAUCAUUGAAGUGAAGUGUCCAUAUUCGAUGAAGGACAUGGAUGAGCCAACCACUCAAGGAUCGUGCCUGUACAAGGAUACUGACAAUGUUUUCAGGCUUGAUCGUCGGCACCAGUAUUAUUAUCAGCUUCUUGGGCAAAUGGCUAUCUGUGGGCUUUCCUGGGCAGAUUUUGUAGUGUACUCUCCCCAGUUUCUUGUGGUUGAGAGAAUCAAGUAUGAUGAUGCAGCUUGGCAGCAAUGCAAAGUGAAACUGAACAAGUUUUAUUUCAGCACAUUAUUGCCAUAUUUUGCAAGCAGAGAUCAUCCAUUGCAACCAAGCAACUCGUAAUUUUCUGCGGCAUAGUAAGGAAAGAAGCAUUGCUUUUGUAGGGCUUUGUAGGUCAGAAGUGCUUUGACAAUGUACCAAGACAAGUUAGACAGUGCAAUUUACAAUACAGUUGAUCAUCCUUCAAAGAGACAUGUACCAGGG